AUGAAUGGCAACAACACGUCUGCCACGCUGAUCCUUAACACUGUGGCCCCUCAGUUAUUUUUGUUUCCAGUCGGUGGGUUCCAAUUUGCCUCCUAUUAUGGCGAUCACAUGGUUCUGCAGAAGGCCCCAGAGAGGGCUGUAUUGUGGGGCUAUGGACCCGAUGAUGCUGAGGUCACAGUCUUUCUAUCAGGAGGACCAGUCACUAACAAUGCACCUGGUGUCAGUGUGGCUGCCGGGAAAUGGAGGACGACCCUUGUCCCAAUGGAAGCUGGCGGUCCCUACAACUUGACUGCAGUCCUCCACAAUAACCACAGUAUCACUCUCACAGACGUGCUGUUUGGUGAUGUCUGGCUGUGUGGGGGACAGAGCAACAUGGCUUUCACAACGUCUCUGGUGUUCAAUGCAUCAGAGGAGCUAGCUCGGGUCUCCAAGUUCCCUCAGGUGCGGAUCUUUAUGGCUGCCUUGGAGCAGAGCGACACUGAGCUGACUGACCUGGCUGGAGUCGAGGUGCCCUGGUCUGUCCCCACAGCAAAGACAUUGUCCUCCCCACAAGCACUCCAACACUGUGACCUGGACAGGAUUAACGGGUUCCCCAUGCCAUAUACACCUUCAAUGUAUUUGUCUGUGUGGACUAACUCUUUGUUGUGGAAUGCCAUGAUCCAUCCACUUCUCAACAUGACCAUCAAAGGAGCUGUCUGGUACCAAGGUAAAACAGCUUGGAGUCACAUCUGUUUUCUCCCAUCUUUUAGCAUACAGUAUAUCCAUCCCCGGGAUAAGCAAGACGUGGCCUAUAGACUGUCUCUAGGGGCGAGAGCUGUGGCUUAUGGGGAGGAGGGCGUCUCAUUCCAAUGGGCCUGGCCUUGUGACUUUAAGGCAUGUCCUAUUUACAGUGCUGAUGGGGUUCUACCUGCACCUCCCUUCACUCUAAACCGCUGGCUGGACAAGCAGUGA